UUUAACGACGACGUUGCGCAGUGUUUGUGGCAAGCCUUAUAUUUGUCAUUUCUCGUAGUGUGUACAUUUGUCAGAAGUUUUUCUUCUAUCUGAUUAAAAGUUACGAUGGCGAGUGCUCCCGCAACUGUAAGUGCUGCAAAGCCUGUUCUUCGUGGUUUGCAUAAUGCUACCAUCAAAAAGAACCUAACCGUUGCUAUCGCAUUGACUACAGUUGUAACAGUAGGCUGGUAUUUUCUUGUGAACAAACCCAAAAAAGAUGCUUAUGGCGAAUUUUACAAAAAAUAUGAUGCACAGAAAUCGUUUGAACGUAUGAAGGCGAACGGUCGUUUCCAAGGAUGUUAGAUAAACAGAAAGUUAAAGAUGAGAGGCACAGUGGUUACGAUUAGUAUACGAUUAAUUGCUUUUCCCAAAAUGUUGAUUUCCAAAUAUAAAAAUACAAGAUUUCUCAAUUGAGAGGACAAAUAUUUA